AUGACAAUAUAUCAGUUUUUGAGACUGUUUCUACUCUGGGUGUGCCUGCCACAUUCAUAUUCUCCAGAGAUAAUGUUCAGAAGGACUCCGGUGCCUCAGCAAAGGAUUUUAGGUACACGAGUACCAAGGAGUGAUAGCAAAAUCCUGCAUCGUCAGAAACGUGGUUGGAUGUGGAAUCAAUUUUUCUUGCUGGAGGAAUAUACAGGAUCUGAUUAUCAAUACGUAGGCAAGCUUCAUUCAGACCAGGAUAAAGGAGAUGGAUCGCUCAAAUAUAUUUUAUCUGGAGAUGGAGCUGGUACUCUUUUCGUUAUUGAUGAAAGAACAGGUGAUAUUCACGCCACAAGAAGAAUUGAUAGAGAAGAAAAAGCCUUUUAUACUCUACGUGCUCAAGCUGUCAACAGAAGAACUCUGAGGCCAGUGGAGCCAGAGUCGGAAUUUGUGAUCAAAAUCCAUGACAUAAAUGACAAUGAGCCAACAUUCCCAGAAGAAAUUUAUGCAGCCAGUGUCCCCGAAAUGUCUGUUGUAGGUACUUCUGUGGUGCAAGUCACAGCUACAGAUGCCGAUGACCCCUCAUAUGGGAACAGCGCCAGAGUCAUUUACAGCAUACUGCAAGGGCAGCCCUAUUUCUCUGUGGAGCCUGAAACAGGUAUCAUCAGGACUGCUUUACCAAACAUGAACAGAGAAAACAGGGAACAGUACCAAGUGGUCAUCCAGGCCAAGGACAUGGGCGGCCAGAUGGGAGGCUUGUCCGGGACCACCACGGUGAACAUCACGCUGACCGACGUCAACGACAACCCACCUCGCUUCCCCCAGAAUACAAUCCAUCUUCGGGUUCUUGAAUCCUCCCCAAUUGGCACAGCUGUUGGAAGUGUAAAAGCAACAGAUGCUGACACUGGAAAAAAUGCUGAAGUAGAAUACCGAAUUAUUGAUGGAGAUGGGACUGAUAUGUUUGACAUUAUGACUGAGAAGGACACACAGGAAGGCAUCAUAACUGUGAAAAAGCCACUUGACUACGAAAGUCGCAGACUUUAUACUCUGAAGGUUGAAGCAGAAAACACCCAUGUGGAUCCACGUUUUUAUUACCUAGGACCAUUUAAAGAUACUACAAUUGUGAAAAUCUCUAUAGAAGAUGUGGAUGAGCCUCCCGUUUUCAGCAGAUCGUCCUACCUGUUUGAGGUUCAUGAAGAUAUCGAAGUGGGCACAAUCAUCGGCACCGUAAUGGCGAGGGACCCAGAUUCUACUUCCAGCCCCAUUAGAUUUUCUUUGGAUCGCCAUACUGACCUUGACAGGAUCUUUAACAUACAUUCUGGAAAUGGAUCGCUUUAUACAUCAAAACCACUUGACCGUGAACUAUCUCAGUGGCACAAUCUUACUGUUAUAGCUGCUGAAAUCAAUAAUCCCAAAGAGACAACUCGUGUGGCUGUUUUUGUGAGAAUUUUGGAUGUUAAUGACAACGCCCCACAAUUUGCUGUGUUCUACGACACCUUUGUAUGUGAAAAUGCCAGACCAGGACAGCUGAUCCAGACGAUAAGUGCAAUAGACAAAGAUGACCCUUUAGGAGGGCAGAAAUUUUUCUUCAGCUUAGCUGCUGUCACGAACUUCACAGUACAGGAUAAUGAAGAUAACACUGCCAGAAUUUUAACCAGAAAAAAUGGCUUCAAUAGACAUGAAAUAAGUACCUAUCUCUUGCCUGUGGUGAUAUCAGACAAUGACUACCCAAUCCAGAGCAGCACGGGCACACUGACCAUCCGAGUGUGCGCCUGUGACAGUCAAGGCAACAUGCAGUCCUGCAGCGCCGAGGCCCUGCUCCUCCCUGCCGGCCUCAGCACCGGAGCCUUGAUUGCUAUUCUCCUCUGCAUCAUUAUUCUCCUGGUUAUAGUAGUGCUAUUUGCAGCUCUAAAGAGGCAGAGGAAAAAAGAGCCUCUGAUCUUAUCCAAAGAGGACAUCAGGGACAACAUCGUGAGCUACAACGACGAGGGUGGCGGGGAGGAGGACACACAGGCCUUUGACAUCGGCACGCUGCGCAACCCCGCGGCCAUGGAGGACCAGAAGCUGCGGCGCGACAUUGUCCCAGAAGCGCUGUUCAUCCCGCGGAGGACUCCCACGGCCCCGGACAACACGGACGUGCGGGACUUCAUCCACGACAGGCUCAAAGAGCACGACCUGGACCCCACGGCGCCGCCCUACGACUCCCUGGCCACCUACGCCUACGAGGGCAGCGACUCCAUCGCCGAGUCCCUGAGUUCGCUGGACUCGGGCACCACCGACGGGGACCAGAGCUACGACUACCUGCGGGACUGGGGCCCGCGCUUCAGCAAGCUCGCCGAGAUGUACGGCGGGGGCGACAGUGACAAAGACACCUGA